AUGACUGUGCCUGGAGAAAAACAAGGUGGUGGAGACUAUGAAGAGGCGGCUUCAGCCACCGGAUGUGGCUGUUUUAGGUUAUUCUGCGGUGGAUGGAAAAAGAGCAGCCAAGGAGAAGGUCAUUCUUUGUUACAGGGGAGACAAGUCUACGAGGAAACAUGGGUGGUUACAGAAUUUAAGAAAUUGAAGGAGUUUUCAGAGUUAGUGGCAGGGCCUAAAUGGAAGAACAUGAUAAGGAAAAUUGGAAAGUUUUGUAAUCCUAAGAGAAAAUCAAAGGUGACGACGCAGCUUCAGUAUUCUCCUGGAAGUUAUGCCCUCAAUUUUGAUUGUGGUGGUGAGGAUGAAGAAGAAGAUAAUCUGUUGCACAGUUUUUCAUCAAGGUUUGCAUCUCAUGAUAUCGGCUAUCGACAAAGUAGAGAUGGGUUGUGA